AUGAAAAAUUAACUAUUCAAACUUACGUACUUAAACAUUAUUGCCCUAUACUUGUUUAAUUAUUCAGCUAAUGCAAUCGCUAUAUCAGACUUGAACAAAGAGGCAACUGAGAAUGUCUAUAGUAAGUAUCUAUUAAGAUAAGAGGAGCAAACAUAGCCACAGUCUACGUAACUUGACAUAUUACAGGGAGCAGUAUACUAACUGGCUAAAGACGUAAUCUGGGAUGAUGCAGUUGAUUGUUAUCAAUAUGGGUCUGUACUCUAUUAUCACAUUAUAGAUGGCAUUAAAUUGAUUGGAACUUCUCCUCUAAAAACAGCCAAAGAAUGGAGUUUAAUUGCUCAUAAAGGACCAAUAGUUUUCAAAGAGUGCUGGGAAGUUUAUAAUGACACCCUCGAUAUUUACAAUCUAUUCACAAAUGACUAUGAUAUACUGAGCUUAUCGAUAGAUUUUGGUCUUAACGUUCUGUUUAAUAUGGGUGAUAUUAUAUCGGAAGUAAAACAGUCUUCAGUUGCCCUGAGCUAGAACGACUAUAAAACUUUCGGCCACAUGAUAGGCAAGAUAGUUUCAGAUAUCUUUAUCAAGAAUCCUUUAGACGUUGCUUGGAAUCUGAAUAACUCUGACAUAUUCAUGGCUAUGCCACCCCCUGAAAAUGUCCUUUCAACUUAAGUAUAAUAGAUGGUCUCAGAUUUCAAUGGAAAGAGAGCUAGUUAAAGAGUAGAUUAAAAAUCUUAACGGUAAUAAAUAGCAUUGAAUAGUUUGACUUAAACCUUGAAGUAGGAAAAGUUGAAAUUAUAAGAAGAGAAGCAUAGAUUAGAGUAGGAAAAGCAAUUUAAAGAAAAUCUGUUAAGAGCUCCUGAAACAAAUAAAAAUUCUCAAAAGUCCAUAGCUAAAUAACUGCUUAAUUUUGUAUAGAAAUUUUCACAAGCUUUCAAUAGUGAUAUAAACUCCAAGAAUUGA